AUGGCUGCUACAUCUCGUCAUGAAGCUGAAUUAAAGCGUAAAUGUCAGACUGCACUAAGUAAAACUCAAGACCCAGUAGAGCAGCUGAGGUUGCAAUGUUUAUCGCGUGGAUCGAGCGGAAUUAAAGGCCUUGGAAGGGUUUUUCGUAUCAUGGAUGAUAAUGGCGAUAAACAGUUGAAUUUUGCAGAAUUUAAGAAAGGCCUGCGGGAUUAUGGCGUUAUUGUAGACGAUACUGAUGCAAGAAAAAUGUUCGAAGCCUUCGAUACUGAUCAUAGCGAAAGUUUAGACUUUGAUGAAUUUCUUAAAGCUUUAAGGCCGCCUAUGAGCACUAAAAGGAAAAAAGUAAUUUUUGAAGCUUUCAGGAAAUUAGAUAAAACUGGUGAUAGCGUUAUCACCAUUGACGAUUUGAAAGGCGUUUACAAUCCUCGAAAGCAUAAAAAGUAUAUGAACGGCGAAUGGACUGAGGAACAAGUAUUUCGAUCAUUCUUAGAUAGUUUCGAUUCUCCUGAUGAUCCUGAUGGCAGGGUAACACAUGAAGAAUUUCUAAAUUAUUACAGUGGCGUUAGUGCUUCUAUUGACAGCGAUGCAUAUUUCGAUUUAAUGAUGAGAAAUGCCUGGAAGCUAUAG